UUUCCCUUUACUCUAUUUCAAUUUUCAAGAAUUGAAACAGCGUCAAAGCCCAACCCGUCUGAGUUCUCACAAGGUAAAGUCCUCGUGUUAUUCUCUUGCGCCUGAAAGCUGAUUGUGGUUGUGUUAUCACAAAACCACAGGGAUUGUGCCUACUUUCAGAAUGGAGAAGACAACACUUAUGGUUCGAUGCCAGAGGAUUGGGUGCGACGCCACCUUCUCCGAGGACGACAAUCCUGACGGUUCCUGUCGAUACCAUGAUUCGGGGCCUAUAUUUCAUGAUGGAACAAAAGAAUGGAGUUGUUGCAAGAAAAGAAGUCAUGAUUUUAGCUUGUUUUUGGAAAUUCCGGGAUGUAAGACUGGAAAACAUACAGCAGUCAAGCAAGUAAUUGCGCCAGUGAAGAAGAACACCACGCCCCCUCCAACUGCUGUUUCUUCAACCAAUGCUUCGUCAAAGGACACUUGUUCCAGAUGUAGGCAGGGUUUCUUUUGCUCAGACCAUGGUUCACAAAGCAAACCAGUUAACGUUGUAGACAAGUCCCCAAAUCUUGUUGGAGACGUCUCUGCUGUUAACAAUUCAAGUGUUAAGGCUCCAAAACCUAAGAAGAUCGUCGAUAUAAAUGAACCCCAAAUAUGCAAAAAUAAAGGAUGUGGUCAAACGUUCAAGGAAAAGGAUAAUCAUGACACUGCUUGCAGCUACCAUCCCGGCCCUGCUGUUUUUCAUGACCGGAUGAGAGGGUGGAAGUGCUGUGAUAUUCAUGUAAAAGAAUUUGAUGAGUUUAUGAACAUUCCUCCAUGCACAAAGGGAUGGCAUAGUGCAGAUCCAGAGUCCUGAUCGCGGAAGACACUGAAGAACCUUUUUUUCCUUACAAUAGCUGAUACUUUCAUUGAGAUGGAAAAGGUAAUGUUGAUUGAUGUUUUGAUGUCAUUGAUUAAUUAUUGGAGAAAAACAGCAGUGUCUACUCUUUUUGCAUACCUCUAUUCUUAAUUUUCUUAGUCAAUCCAUCUGGAUGGUUAUUGUGAUAGUAUACUAUGUGAAUCUGUUUUCCUGAGUUCUUCGAAUGUCGUAAUUUGCUUUUGUUGGA